AUGACACAGUCACCUACCCUCAUUGACUUGGCUGGUGAGCCCGGAGCUCCUCCUUCAUCGAUGCCAAAUGUCGGCAAAAAGCGCGGUCGCGUUGAUGAAUCCCCGGCCUUCGAUGACUCCGACUUCCGUGACGCCACCGAGGGCCUACCGAUUGACAAGAGCCCUGACCAAGUCCGCCGCAUGAUCCGUCGCCUCAUCGACAAUGGUGGCAUGAAAGUCGGCGAGUUCUGCGAUAAGCUCGGCGUCUCCAACAAGUCAUACAACAACUUCCUCAGGCAGAGCGGCUCAACCAAGGGGUUAAACUCUGACUGCUACUACAAUGCGUGGGCCUUCUUCAAGUACCGCGACAUGCACGGCAUUAAGCUCCCCACUGCCAGUAGUGGCAACAAGAAACAGAAGGCGGAUGAUGUCGGCAAAACAGGGUCACAAGCUGCCUCCAAGGACAAGGCCGCCACCGCUGCUGACUUGGCCGACAUCCACCUUGUUGGCGAAGAGGAUGACACCGUCGAGAUAUAUGAUACGUGCGACGAGAUCCGCAAGAAAUUAGACGCCCACCUGAAGAAGCCCGGUGUCACUCAAGCCCAACUCUGCCGCGACCUUUCCGCCAUGUACACCGCCCCUACCAAGAUCGCCCCCGGCCAGCUCUCCAAUUUCCGCAGCAAGAAGGGCCCCAAUGUCGGCAACACGGCCAAUAUCUUUUAUGCCGCUUACUGCUUCUUCGAGAAGCUGAGGCUGAAGGAGGGAAAGCCGAAGUCGAAGCAUAGGGAGGAGAUGGAGGCCAUCUGGUCCCAGAGGGGCGGCUUCGACACCGAGACCAGACAUGAUGUUAGCUAUAUAUGCGUCGGGUCCUCGCGGCCAUAUGUGGACAAGUAUGGCCUAGUUCAAAUGCUCUAA